ACACCGCUUUUGUUGUUGGCGAGUCCAGUAUGGCGCUGAGCAAGACUUUUGGCCAAAAACCUGUCAAAUUCCAGCUUGCGGAGGAUGGAGAUUUUUAUAUGAUUGGAUCAGAGGUGGGCAACUACCUGCGCAUGUUCAGAGGCUCGCUGUAUAAAAGGUAUCCAUCGUUAUGGCGGAAGCUGGCAUCAGUAGAAGAGCGGAAGAAGAUCGUGGAGUCGUCACACGACCACGGCUACACCCAGCUGGCCACCAGCGUCACACUGCUCAAAGCGUCGGAGGUGGAGGAGAUCCUGGAAGGUAACGACGAGAAGUACAAAGCUGUGUCCAUCAGCACCGAGCCACCCGCCUACCUGCGGGAACAGAAGGCCAAGAGGAGCAGCCAGUGGGUCCCCACGCUGCCCAACAGUUCUCACCACUUGGACGCCGUGCCGUGCUCCACCACCAUCAACCGCAGCCGCCUGGGGCGAGACAAGAAGAGGACCUUCCCCCUCUGCUUUGACGAUCACGACCCGGCGGUCAUCCACGAAAACGCCACGCAGUCCGAAGUCCUGGUGCCCAUCCGCCUGGACAUGGAGAUCGAGGGACAGAAGCUGAGAGACGCCUUCACCUGGAACAUGAACGAGAAGCUGAUGACGCCGGAGAUGUUUGCGGAGAUCUUGUGCGACGACCUGGACCUCAGCCCGCUGGCCUUCGUGCCCGCCAUCGCCUCCGCCAUCCGCCAGCAGAUGGAGUCGUACCCCACCGACAGCAUCCUGGAGGAGCAGACGGAUCAGAGGGUCAUCAUCAAGCUCAACAUCCACGUGGGCAACAUCUCCCUGGUGGACCAGUUUGAGUGGGACAUGUCUGAGAGGGAGAACUCCCCCGAGAAGUUUGCCUUGAAGCUGUGCUCCGAGCUGGGCCUGGGGGGGGAGUUUGUCACCACCAUCGCCUACAGCAUCCGAGGUCAGCUCAGCUGGCACCAGAGGACCUACGCCUUCAGCGAGAACCCCCUCCCCACCGUGGAGAUCGCCAUCAGGAACACGGGCGACGCCGACCAGUGGUGCCCCCUGCUGGAGACCCUGACCGACGCCGAGAUGGAGAAGAAGAUCCGAGACCAGGACAGGAACACCAGGCGAAUGAGGAGACUGGCCAACACAGCACCAGCCUGGUAGAUCCACAAGCGCCCCCUGCUGGAACACGGCCGGUACUCUUUUUCAUUUCUCAUCACGUUGUCAUGGCGACGCCUCGCUGACCACUGACUCCCAACCCAAAGGUCUCAGAUAAUAUAUUUGUUGUCUUUUGUACAUUUUAUUGAUUCUUACUAAAUAAAAUCCAAAAAUCAAUCAA